UGACAGAUCAAAAGCCACUGCGUGCACACAGUGAGGACAGCCUGCAGAGAGAGAAAGAGAAGGUGGAAGGUGGAAGAAGAUAUUCACAGUACCAUUGUAAUAUUUCUGCUGCGCAGCCAAUUUCUGUACCUGGCAUUGUGCUGGGACAAUAAGUUAAUAUAGUUCAAUAAGAUGGGCAGUGGAGUCAGCUCCGAGUCUAAGGAAUCAGCCAAGAGGUCACGGGAACUUGAAAAAAAGCUCCAAGAAGAUGCAGUGAGAGAUGCCAGGACAAUCAAGUUGCUCUUAUUGGGUGCUGGAGAAUCGGGGAAGAGUACGAUUGUGAAACAAAUGAAAAUCAUCCAUAAAGACGGCUAUACAGACCAGGAGUGCAGAGAAUACAAGUCUGUGGUUUAUAGCAAUACGCUACAAUCCAUUCUGGCUAUUGUAAAGGCAAUGUCCACACUGGGGAUUGAAUAUGGGAACUUAGAAAGAAAAGAAGAUGAAAGGCAGCUUUUUUCUAUAGCCGAUUCCAUGGAAGAUGGCACAAUGCCUCCUGAAUUGGUUGGAAUAAUCAAACGACUGUGGAAGGAUCCAGGGAUUCAGGCCUGUUUUGAAAGAGCAUCAGAGUACCAGCUCAAUGAUUCGGCUGCCUACUAUCUCAAUGAUCUGGACCGGCUGACUGCUCCUGGCUAUGUCCCAAAUGAGCAAGACGUCCUACGCUCACGUGUGAAGACAACUGGGAUUAUAGAGACUCAGUUUUCCUUCAAGGAUUUGCACUUUCGGAUGUUUGAUGUGGGAGGACAGAGAUCGGAGAGGAAAAAGUGGAUCCAUUGCUUUGAAGGAGUGACUUGCAUUAUAUUCUGUGCAGCCCUCAGUGCUUAUGACAUGGUCUUGGUAGAAGAUGAAGAAGUGAACAGAAUGCAUGAAAGCCUCCACCUGUUCAACAGCAUCUGCAACCACAAGUACUUUGCUACCACCUCUAUUGUGCUGUUUCUAAAUAAGAAAGAUCUGUUUCAUGAUAAAAUCGCCAAAGUCCACCUCAGUGUCUGUUUUCCGGAAUAUGAUGGAACGAAUACCUUUGAAGAUGCCGCAAAUUACAUUAAGAACCAGUUCUUAGACCUGAAUCUACGAAAAGAAGAUAAGGAGAUUUAUGCCCACAUGACAUGCGCUACAGACACCCAGAAUGUUAAGUUUGUCUUUGAUGCUGUGACAGACAUUAUAAUCAAAGAGAACCUGAAGGACUGUGGACUUUUCUAGCUCUUUUCCCCUUGUUCUAUUAUUUCUCUUUCCCACAUUUUUUUUCUUUGCUCCAUGUGUAGGCUGCUUCUGGUUAGAGCCACUGUGAUAUGCAAGUUUCUCUGAGCUCAAGAUUUCUUGCACAGAAAUAAACAUGCAUAGAAGUGAGGAGAAAAAAUGAAGACAUUGCUAGUGUAGGAAUUAACAGUCAAUAUAUUGUUUAAUGAAAUUCAUGGCACUUCCACACAGGCCCAAAACUUGUGAUGGGUUUUCUCAGAUUAAUAAUAGCCAAUGGGAAAUUCAUAGACUAAGAAAGGGAUGCUCUCUAUAUCCACCACUUUUGACGUCUGUCCCCCUGUUCCACUAACCACAAAUGGAUUUCAUUUAUUUUGUUCAUCAAAAUACAGUCCAGCUCACAGAAAGUUUCUGCAUUACCUAAAAUGGACUGUAUAACCUUCAAAAUGUUUCCAUAUUUUGACAGAAAUGAACAGUCAGAUAGUUAAAGAUUUAUUAUUAAUUGCAAACAGGCAUUACAUAUGUACUACAAACAUAAUCUUUGAUCUUUGCACAUAAACAUAAAGUCAAAGCCAACAAUUCAGUUCUUCUAAAAGUUACAUAUUUGUUCAAAAGCACGUUUCUGAAGGUGACGACUUUAUCAUCUCAAUCACAAAUGGAGAUAUAUAUCUUUCCCUAAUAUCUGAAUAAUUAUUAUUUCAAAAAUAAAAUGGGCAUUUCCUUCUAUAAUUAAGGAGUUAUUUUUAUUUUUUUUAAAGACUCUUGCUUCCUUCAAGGUAUCUGUUCAAAUCUGUCAAAUGAAGGGCAUUUAGUCUUUCAUCUGUAAAAAACCUAAUCUAAUUUUAGUGAAGAGUAGA